GAGCCCUCAAUCGGCCAGGAAACUAAUCCACAUCACCUCACAGACUACCGCUACCGUCUUCCUACUAACAUUGACUCCCAUGUUGAUGACAGGAGAUCUAGCUUCAAUGGCAUUAUACCCGAGCCCGUGGGUCUUCCUGAUAUGUACUACCCCAACGCAUGGGAUCUACCUGAAGAUCCACGGAAGACUCAUCCAGAAAUGAAGCCAGUCCCAUUAGUGAUUGAAGAUACAACGAAUGGAGAAGACACCCCUGUGCCAUCUGGUAAGGGCAAACCUGUCUUCCCCUGGGAGACUCCUACUGAUUCGAACGCGCCCAAGAGCCCUAGAAUGCCCACUCGAAGAUAUUACAAUUAUGCUGCUACAGCAGAGGGACAACGACGUCAAAAGAAGUUAGAGGAAAUCAAGCGUCUUGAACUUGAGGAGGCAGCCCUUGAGCAAAUUAGACAUCAAGAGUACGCACGGUAUGAGCAAAACCGUAGGAAAGAGGAAGCGCAUGAGCAAAUGACUGGAAGUCAAGCAUUCGAGAACUUCAGAUUGGUCAAUGCCUGGGAUAUUGACCGAGGAGUUCAGUUAUCAAUUCUUCGACAGACUGAGAAGAGACGGCCAAGGAGUCGCAAGAGUAGCGCUGGGGGUAUUCGGAAGGGGUAUGGCCUUGAGGAUAUGCUUGCAUACGAAGCUAGACAACGCCAAGAACAAUAUGAGGCCGAGAUUGUCCGGAAACGAUUAGAAGAGGAAGAGAGAUGGGCUAAGGAACAAGAGGAAGCUCGAAUCAAGGAGGAAGAGCUGCGACUCGAGAAGAUCAGGCUAGCUAAGCUCGCAAGAAUGAGAGCACUACAACGGCAGAAGCAGCAAGAAGAAUCAUCCUAUACGUUUAGGAAUGCCUGGGAUCCUCCUAAUGUAUCCCUGGUUAAAAAGAAGCUUCGGAUUGAGGAUGACGAGAUUGAUAUUGCUCUUCCUCUUCGACAGGAUCGUCGAACUACAAGAGACAUUUCAUGGUUUGGUGGCGCUGGCGCUACUAACAAAGAACCAACGAAUAUUACGGCGAUACAAAGGGCUGGUGGUAGAGCCGCAGCGGCUGUUGCUGCUGCUGUUGGCACAGCGGGGAUCGCAAUUGCUACUGAAAACCGGUCUGGUAUAGUUCAUCGGUCUACUGAAUCAGCAACAGACACUGCUGUCACUAAUACUACAGAAAAGAAUGCUCAACCAGGUAGAACACGUGCAGGACAAGCUACCAAAGGCUCUGAGGGACAACUGUCUACGGUAACAGGCAGCCAUACGACUGUUGGAGGUGCUGAGAGAAGUUCAACGCAGGACAAUAUAGUGGGCCGUAAAUCCAGUACGACAGCGACUUCAACUGCAGCCUUGAGCAGCUCGUCCAUUUCAUCUGCCUCAUCCACUGUCAAAAUGACCACACCCGGCUCAUAUAGGUUCGUCAGAACUACUGUAAUAACAACAAUCACUCGUCGCAAGUUUAAGGAUGGCGUAGAAGUUAGCUCUACCUCCAACACUAGCACGGUUGGUGGAGAAAAGAUGUUUGAGAUCCCUGCUGGACCCAGAUCGGGAAGCUAUUUUGGCAAAGAGGGUCGCCGAGCUGUUACACUCAGUAGUACGCAAGGGGCUAGUCGCCUCACAUCUGAUGCCCAAGUAACUAGCGCCCAACAGGAGCAGCGAACUACUACACAAAGCCAGACUACUACAAACAAGAGUUCUAGUGCGGUUACUAAUGCUAGUGUCACUAGUAGCGACUCACGCUCGCAAAGAUCAGAUGAAACAGAAAGUACAGAAGUUUCAGCCAGCUUGCAAAAGGUUGGACACAAAACUACGACAAUGACAAGCAAGGCAGUCUCCAAGAUGGAGAGUGAGACUGAAUCCUCCCAUUUCAUAUCAACCAACACUCAGGUCUCAGGUUCAAUGUUCGAGGUUGAAGCAGGUGGUUUUAGAAGACAGCAGAAUGGCGGAUCCUCAUUGCAAAUUGAUACCAAGAGCCCUAUCCUAAAGCGUAAUGAACGAGAAGAGGAAGCCGUUGAGGUACAGGACCGGCAAAAGUUACUAGACCUUCGCGAGAAGAAUGCGUCAGCAACUGCAGCAGCAGAAGCAAUGGAAGUAUUGUCGAGAUAUCCUCAAGCAACUAGUCGUUUCGGAGGGGCGCGAACAAUUUCCAGUACCAUCACUAGCUCUAGUAGGCAUUCUACCGGCGGUGUACUAUACGCUAAUGACCCCAACCUCCCUCGCCACAGUGUUUUGACGUCUACAAGCAUGACGAGCAAAGGGAAGGCCCCAAAAGCUCUUGCUCUGCACACUGCCACCUCAUCAGACAGCGAGGAGGACGUGCUCUAUCAAGGACAGGAUCUCGAUGAACUAGAGUACUUUGGAGAAAGAUAUACUCAGACAAAUCUUCCUUUGGGCUCACCUUACAUGCCCUCAACACCAUUAGCACCAUCUUUCCAUCGGUAUGGCGCAUCAGCGUCUGGAUACUCCAGUCGCGCUGGUAGCCGUCCAACGACCCCUGGGCCGGGUACACCCUCGCGAUUAGGACCAGGCACUCCCAAGUUACUAUCAAAGAAACCCUUUGAGUUUAAACUAAAUCCUAAUAAUAUAUCAGCAGUAAUGCCGUCUGCACAACAAACAGCACCUCUAGACACCGGGUUCUCAAAUUAUAGAAUCGAAUGGAAUUGGAAAGAACUGCUGGGAAAAAAACCUAGGCAUUGGACUGCUGAAGCUGGUGAAGAAUAUUAUGAUCCAUAUAACGCACUUUCAACACAUGGCUCACAAGCAGACUCAGAUGAGGAUCGACAUAUCCUUGAGUCAUCAUCGGAAUCUGAAUCUGAUGAGGAUGAUAUCCACUCACAGCAUGGCAAAAGUGGAUCUGAAGCGAGCAGUGGCAAAAUCGGUCCCAGAGGAUCAUCGCCUUCUUUUACAAUGGGCGGGGAUAAUGACUUCACACGUGAAUCUGGAUUUGUUAUCCGAGGAGGCAAGAUUGCACGUCGCAGAAGCAGCAUGGUACUUGACCGACGUGAGCUUUGAAGUAUGUAGCGUCAGCAAAACUUGAGCGUCAAUGCGACUCAACUUAGAAAUGAAUAACAAGUAUAAUAAUUGUUAGCGAUUGAACAAUUGAAAGAUGAGACUUAAAUAUCUAUUAAAUGUAAAAACAGCAUGCUCACUUAUAUUUCUUUCAUUUCUUUCUGCAAUAC